AUGCAGCUGGAGCAUUGUCUUUCUCCCUCUAUCAUGCUCUCCAAGAAAUUUCUCAAUGUGAGCAGCAGUUACCCACAUGCAGGCGGAUCUGAGCUUGCCUUGCAUGAUCAUCCCAUUAUCUCGACCACUGACAACCUGGAGAGAAGUUCACCUUUGAAAAAAAUUACCAGGGGGAUGACGAAUCAGUCAGAUACAGACAAUUUUCCUGACUCCAAGGACACACCAGGGGACGUCCAGAGAAAUAAACUCUCUCCCGUCUUGGACGGGGUCUCUGAGCUUCGUCACAGUUUCGAUGGAUCUGCUGCAGAUCGCUAUCUGCUCUCUCAGUCCAGCCAGCCCCAGUCUGCUGCCUCUGCUCCUAGUACCAUGUUCCCUUAUCCCAGCCAGCAUGGACCUGCACACCCAGCCUUCUCCAUCGCCAGUCCCAGCCGCUACAUGGCUCAUCAUCCUGUGAUCACCAACGGAGCUUAUAACAGCCUCCUGUCCAACUCUUCUCCGCAAGGCUACCCCACGGCGGGCUACCCGUACCCCCAGCAGUAUGGCCAUUCCUACCAGGGGGCACCUUUCUACCAGUUCUCCUCCACCCAGCCGGGGCUGGUUCCCGGCAAGGCUCAGGUCUACCUGUGCAACAGGCCACUCUGGCUGAAAUUUCACCGGCACCAGACGGAGAUGAUCAUCACGAAGCAGGGAAGGCGCAUGUUCCCUUUCCUAAGCUUUAAUAUUUCUGGUCUCGACCCUACGGCUCACUACAAUAUUUUUGUGGAUGUAAUUUUGGCGGAUCCCAAUCACUGGAGAUUUCAGGGAGGCAAAUGGGUUCCUUGCGGCAAGGCGGACACCAAUGUACAAGGAAACCGGGUGUAUAUGCAUCCCGACUCCCCCAACACGGGAGCCCACUGGAUGCGUCAGGAAAUCUCCUUUGGGAAACUAAAACUUACAAACAAUAAAGGAGCAUCAAACAACAACGGGCAGAUGGUGGUUUUGCAGUCCCUUCACAAGUACCAACCUCGCUUGCAUGUGGUGGAGGUGAACGAAGACGGGACGGAGGAUACCAACCAGCCGGGCAGAGUUCAGACAUUCACGUUCCCCGAGACGCAGUUCAUCGCCGUCACUGCCUACCAAAACACCGAUAUCACACAGCUGAAAAUAGAUCACAACCCUUUCGCAAAAGGAUUCCGAGACAAUUAUGACACGAUCUACACGGGCUGCGACAUGGACCGGCUGACGCCUUCCCCCAACGACUCGCCCCGCUCGCAGAUCGUGCCCGGGGCCCGCUACGCCAUGGCCGGCUCCUUCCUCCAGGACCAGUUUGUGAGUAACUACGCCAAGUCCCGCUUCCACCCCGGGGCAGGAGCCGGCCCGGGGCCCGGCGCCGACCGCAGCGUGCCCCACACCAACGGGCUGCUCUCCCCACAGCAAGCCGAGGACCCCGGGGCCCCCUCGCCGCAGCGCUGGUUCGUCGCCCCCGCCAACAACCGCCUCGACUUCGCCGCCUCCGCCUACGACACGGCCACCGACUUCGCCGGCAACGCGGCCACGCUGCUGUCCUACGCGGCCGCGGGCGUCAAGGCGCUGCCGCUGCAGGCGGCCGGCUGCGCCGGGCGGCCGCUGGGCUACUACGCCGACCCCUCGGGCUGGGGGGCCCGCAGCCCCCCGCAGUACUGCAGCAAGUCGGGCUCCGUGCUCUCCUGCUGGCCCAACAGCGCGGCGGCGGCGCGCAUGGCCGCCGGCAACCCCUACCUGGGGGAGGAGGCGGAGAGCCUGGCCCCCGAGCGGUCCCCCUUGCCGGGCGCCGAGGACUCCAAGCCCAAAGAUUUGUCCGACUCCAGCUGGAUCGAGACGCCGUCGUCCAUUAAGUCCAUCGACUCCUCCGAUUCUGGGAUUUACGAGCAGGCCAAAAGGAGGCGGAUCUCCCCCUCGGACACCCCGGUAUCCGAGAGCUCCUCGCCCCUCAAGAGCGAGGUGCUUACCCAGCGGGACUGCGAAAAGACCUGCGCCAAGGACAUCGGCUAUUACGGCUUCUACUCGCACAGCUAGGCGCGGCCGCCGGCCCGCCGUCCUUUUGCACAAUAACUCCGCGUUAGCGCACUGACCCCCGCCCCUAG